UAACAGAACAAUUGUAAAUAAAGUUUUUUUUAAAGUCAGUCAGCUGCUUCUUCACUCAGCAGCAUCACAACAAACAUGGCGUCCUGAGGAGAAACCGUCUACAGCCGUUAUCACAGUUUAUUUUUUUUUUAAAAACUCCAUAACAAGUCCACAUUUUUCACUCGGGAUGGAGUCCAGUCCGUUUCCAGAGGAGGUUCCGGACAGGAGAGUGUGUGUCGUCGGGUCGGAGCUGGUGGAAAACUACACUGUCUAUAUCAUCGAUGUGACGGAUGGAGAUCACAAGUGGACUGUGAAGCACCGAUACAGUGACUUCCAUGACCUCCACGAGAAGCUGGUGGCCGAGAAGAAGGUGGACCGAGGGCUGCUUCCUCCAAAGAAGAUGUUGGGGAAGAACUCCAAGAGUCUGGUGGAGCGGCGGCAGAAGGAGCUGGAACUCUACCUGCAGACGCUGCUGCUGCAGUUCCCGCAGGCCACGCCCGCUCCGCUCGCCUGCUUCCUGCACUUUCACCUCUACGAGAUUAACGGCAUCACAGCAGCACUGGCCGAGGACUUGUUCCAUAAAGGUGAGCAGUUGCUGCAGGUGGGCGAGGUCUUCUCUCUACAUCCUCUGCAGCUUUACUCCGUCUCCCAGCAGCUACGUCUGGCCAAACCGACCUGCUGUAAUGGAGACGCCAAGACCGACCUGGGACACAUCCUCGACUUCACCUGCAGGCUGAAAUACCUCAAGAUGUCUGGUACCAGAGGUCCAGUAGGAACCAGUAACAUCCAGGAGAGCAGUCUCCCCUUCGACCUGUCUGUUUUCAAAUCACUGCUGCAGAUAGAGAUCAGUGAGUGCAGCUCUCAGCAGAUUCGAGGUCUGUCGUCUCUGAGGUCGAGUCUGGCAACUCUGAGUAUCCACUACUCCACAGAAACUAUGAUGGCGAUCCUGGUCCCAGAGGCGAGCGAGUUCUCACAGUGGGAGCCUGAGGGGGUGGAGUCUGGCUGUCCCGUCACCGCUGUCAUCCCCGUGUGGAGAAACCUGACCACGCUGGACAUGAGCCACAACUGCAUCAGCACCAUAGACAGCUCUGUGAAACUGAUUCCAAAGGUGGAGUUUCUGGAUCUGAGCUACAACCAGCUGUCCACAGUGGAAAACCUCCAGCACCUGUACAAUCUGGUCCACGUGGACCUGUCCUACAACAGCCUGCGGGUCCUGGAAGCUGCUCACACUCGUCUGGGCAACAUUAAAACUCUGAGUCUGGCCGGUAACCAGCUGGACCAACUGACCGGCCUCACCAAGCUCUACUCUCUGGUCAACCUGGACCUCAGCCACAAUCAGCUGGCUCAGUUGGAGGAAAUCAGGAACAUCGGCUCUCUGCCGUGUCUGGAGAAACUCAACCUGUCCAGUAACCCCAUGUGCAUCAUCCCAGACUACAGAACCAAAGUCCUGGCCCAGUUUGGAGACCGUGCAGCCGAGGUUUGUCUGGACGGUAAAGUGACGACAGAGAAGGAGCUGGACACGGUGGAAGUGUUGAAAGCCAUUCAGAAAGCCAAAGAAGUCAAAGACAGGAUGAGCAGCGGUGACAAGAAGAUCAGUGAGGAGACCAGGCUGUCUGCUGCUGCACCUCCUCACCUCUCCUCCUCUUCUCCCCCCUCUUCCUCCACCUCCUCCACCUGCUGUUCUACCUCUGCUCUUGCUCCUCCUGCUGUCACCUCCUCUUCCUGCUCCACCUCCUCCUCUUCCUCUUCCUGUCCGGCCCAGCAGUCUGCCUGCCCCAGCCAAGAAGUGACAAGCAGAGAAGAAGCCACAGUUCCCCGCAGUGUCCUCCCUCCUGUGGACACCGCACCUCCCCCUGCAAGCUUCAACACCAAUACACACCUCCUGUCUGCUGACUCCGCCCAGGUCCAACAACCUGCUGUCAGCCUGUCUGAGCACACACACUGUGGAGCUCCCCCACGGAUAACCACCACGACUCCGACUAUUACUGCCUGUUGUGUCUGCUCCUCCAGACCAGUUGAAGCCAUGUGUUUCUCCUGCAGUGCAGCCUCUUGUCCUCUACUUUCUCCUCACCUGCUCUCUUCCUCCUUUAACAAAGACUUCAUUACCCAGCUCUCCCAUCAUCUCAGCUCCAUCGUGAAGGAGCAGAAGAGGAAUUCAACAGAGGAGGACGAGAAGGAGGAGGAGAGGGAGGAAGAGAAGACAUCUGAAUCCAGAGAGGUUCAGUCCCACGUCGAGGGCACCGACGUGGGAAGUCUCAGUCCAGGUUCAAGGGACGGAUACUUUGAGAUGGGUCUGGAUGACUCUGUUGAGGAGUCAGUCUGCUCCUCCUCCACGUCACUCGCUGUCCCUCCUGCAGAAGAGCCUGAUGGCCACCAGGGGGAUCUGUGUAAAGAGGAAGAGGAGGAGGGGGAGGUGGAGGAGGAGGAGGUGCAGGUCAGCAGGGUUCUGUGGUGCUACUGUCUUCAGGUAAAGGAGGAGGUGGAGCAGAAGGAGGCAUGUCUGGUGCUGACGGACAAACUGUUAGGCCUGCUGUACCUGUCAGAUGAUUUCACCUGGACAAAUCAGGACGCAGACCAGGAGCAGAGUCCUCCUGUGGAGGAGUUGCUCUCCAGCCUGCAGGUGGACCUCCUGGUGCCGUACUCCCAGCUCCUGUUCUUCUCCCAAGCCGAGCUCCCUGACUCCUGCCUCGCAUUCGGCCUUCAAGCUGGUUCAACCAGCUGGUAUAUCUUCUCUGAGGCAGAGGAGCUCCGGCAGACCAGGACCGAGCUGACGGCGCUGAUCCAGGUGGCAGGAUCUCAGACUGACCCGGAGAUGUCAAACAGUCCUCAGCUCCUCCCUCGCUCGCUCAUCAACUCCUGGGAGCUGGAGGAGAGUCAGGGAGCCCGGGGAGGCUAUCCUGCCCACCUCCUCUCUUUCCUCACAUCCUCCUCUUCUUCCUCCUCCUCUGCCCCGGACACCCACCCGCUCCUGUCAGACAUCUUAUCGAGAAGAGAGGAGCCCAGCCUCCCUUUUCUCCUCUUUCUCACCCACCGACACCUCUGGGUGCUGACAAUAGAUUUCAGAGAGCUGGCAGGAAGAGUGAGGAGGAGCGCUGACCUUCAUUCCUCGUCCUGGUGCAGGCUGGUCCGUGUGCCCCUCGGCUCUGUGGUGCUUCACCCCAGAGAGAGAGCUUCUCAGGUCGGGGACAGGACCAACAACAGCUCCUGCCCUGACCCAAAACACCACCGCAGGUUGAGUCACACUGUGGAGCUGCUGCUGGGCGGCCAGAGGCUGCUGUUUGUCUUCCCUCUGGCCCAGGACAGGAGCUCUUUCCUGGGGGAGCUGAGCCAGCAGAGAGCCUCUCUGGAGGGGCUGAAGAUGGUGGCCCUGCCCCAACCCUGCACGCCCUGUCCACACCAAGGUCAACACACACAUGGCCGUCACAGAUCCAGAGAGCAGUGCUGUUGUACCAGUUCUGUGAAAUCACACAGCACCAGCAGCUGGGAUUCCUCCCGCCUGCAGCUGGAGGAGAACCAGCCGUCCCCCCACCUCACGCCAGGUCUCUCCCCUGGAUUGAAGCUCCUGGCUGGGCUUGGAGGACAGCAUCUGGUGGACUACUUCCACAGAUAUAUAGCAAUGUCUGAGGCAGAGGAGGUGAGACAGGUCUUGUGGCUGUCUGUGGUUCUCUACAAGUCUCCGGAGUCUGAGCUCACCUGCUGUCUGCUGCUCUCCACCGACACCAUCUACUUCCUGUUGGAAGACGCCGCCUCCACACUCGGUCAUCAGUCAGUAUUGGACGUAAUGGACUCAGGAGAUCCGGACGUCUGUCUGUGCUGCUGUCUGUCCAUCGGACUGUCUGAGCUACUGUCCAUCAACGUGGGACUGUUCGACCAGUACUUCAGAGUCGUAGGUCGUUCGGCCGAUCACAUCGUGUGCUGUCUCAGCAGGGACAGUUACGGGACGGGCGUCUUCCUUCAGGAGCUCAUGUCGGCUCUCAGUCUGCAGCAGCAGCUUCCUCCUCCAGAGCCGUCAGAUCAGGACUUCUACUCCCAGUUCACCAACACAAACACAGGUAAGAUGCACAACUACGAGCUGGUCCACAGCAGCAGGGUGAAGUUUAUUUAUCCCAGCGAGGAGGAGAUGGGAGAUCUGACCUUCAUCGUGGCAGAGAGGAAGACUCCGGCCAGCGCAGCGUCCUCGUCCUCACGCUCCUUCAACGUCCUGCUAUACCUGCUGGUCUUCCAGGUUCAGAUCCCCAGCUGUCUACCCAGCCAAGGCUCUGCUCCCUCAGUCCACUCCACCCCGUCCCCCGUGCUCCAGCCCAGGACUUUGAUCCUGACCAGCACAGAUGUGUUCCUAUUGGACGAGGACUACGUCAGCUAUCCUCUGCCCGACUUCGCCAAAGAACCUCCCUCCAGGGAGCGUUACCAGCUGCGUGAGGCUCGAAGGAUCCGGGACCUGGACCGAGUCCUGCUGGGCUAUCAGACGUACCCUCAGGCUCUGACCCUGGUGUUUGACGACCUGCCCGGCCCCGACCUGCUCUGCCACCUCACCAUGGACCACUUUGCCGCCGUAGGGGAGGAGGCCCCGCUCAGGGGAGGCGGAGCCAGCGCUGGCGCAGAGGGCGAGGUCCAGUGGUGCGUCUUCGUCCCGGGAGCCGACAGCAGAGAGAGGCUGAUCUCGCUCCUCGCUCGCCAGUGGGAAGCGCUGUGCAGCCGGGAGCUUCCUGUUGAGCUCACCGGCUGAUGGGUGACUGUUCAGCACCGAGCUGGGGAGUCGAUGUAUGACCAAGACAAUUUACACACAGAUUCAGGGCUUCAAAUAAAGUUUGUACAAAAUGUCGGUGUGCAAAAGGACACACGUUGAGACGUGAUGAAUCAGUGAUGAAUUCUCCUCAAAGAACCCUGAUUUAAAUGAGAUCCUGGCUUCAAAAAGACAAGCGAGGCCUCUGUGUGCCUCAGAGGAACUAGUUAUCGAACACUUAGUUUGAAGGGAAGCAGCUCUGACCACAGAAACAAACCGAGAGUUAAGAGUCACCGGACACCAAACCGCUGUUACAGACAGCAGGACGGGCCUCUGACCUCUGACCUGAUGGCACAACCUCACUUUCUUGCACCGGAGCAGAUUUACAGACAGACUGGUGUUGUGCGGCAGGGGGCGCUGUGUCCGCGGGAGAUUUUUAAUGGACAUCACCUCAAAGGAACAGCUUGUUGUUUGGUUAAAUCCUCUCGUCCUCUCCGGAGUCAGAUUCAAAGACCUCAUCUCCAGGAUGUGUGUGUUAGCCUAGCUUAGCACAAAGACUGAAAGCGGGGGCAAACUGCUAGCCUAGCUCCUGAGGCCAGAGAACAAACUCCACCUUCUAAUAACUCCAAAGCUGCUUGACUGAUUAUUUAUGUUGCUCUUAAAACCAAAAAUACCUUCUUUUUUUUUAUAUAUAUAUUUCCAUCUGACUCUGGGCGAGGCGACGAGAGGAUUCCCAAAAGUGUUUUACGUAACACACACACACACACACACCACACACACACACACAACACACACACACACACACACACUGCUGCUCAGCACAAUCUGCUCUCAUUUUAUUCCUUGCACAUUGUAAUUAAUUAAGCUGUAUACUGUAUAUUGUUAAUAUUAAUAUUAUAUUAAUAUAAUUGUUGCUUUGGGACAGACGGAUGUUUUCCAUCCUGACGUAGAUUUUGUACUAACCAUGAAGGUCCUGAUAAUGUUUCCAACGUGAACAAAGUGUCAUAUUGAGUUGCAUAAUUUUUUAUAUUGUGUUUUAUUUUAUUGUUUGUUAUCGAAGAAUGAGAAGCCAGCCGGCCUCCGCUGUGGUUUCUGUUACAUGUCAUGUCUCGUUAAAGGGGAACGCCACUGAAUUAAAGUGAAAAUGAGAACGUCUAAAAAGUUAAUAAUAAUAAUUCCUCUUUGGUUUCACGAAAGUGGUUUUUUGUUCUUCAAAAAAUCAGCAGGAUUUCACCGCAGUCUGCAGAUUUCAGCUGAUGCAGCGACGAAAAACCCACAACAACAAACCUGACUGUCUGGUUUGUUUAUCAUGAAAUCUUGAUGUUUUGCAAUAAGUGAUAGUCAAUGAUAUGAGGUUAUUCCCUCUUUGAAUCAAAAUAAAAACUGCAGUGAUCA